UAGCCGAAUGAUCUUAGGUGCGUGUUCCAUGCCAAUGAACUUCCUUGUAAUAGCAGCUAGUGUGAACCGCAUUUUCUAAGGUAUAACGUUAACUGCUGUAAAGUGCAGUAAAGUUGUAGCUAGUAGACAAAGCCAACCAGGCAUGGCAGACCCCAGGACCCUCACUGCAGAAGGGAAGCUGUCUGAAGAGUUUGCUGUUCCCUCCCAUGUAGAGGAGGUCAAAGGGCAGAUGGCAGCUUUUGCUGUGCAGCACAGGGCUGCAGGGCACAGGGUAGUGCUUAUCACCUCAGGAGGCACCAAAGUCCCCCUGGAGUCCCGCACCGUCCGCUUCCUGGAUAACUUCAGCAGUGGCCGGCGCGGAGCAUCCUCGGCAGAGUACUUCCUUGAGUCAGGAUAUGCUGUGAUCUUCCUGCACAGACACCGUUCCUUAUAUCCUUUCACACGCCUCUACUCUGGGAUUAAUCUGCUGGACAGCCUACAGCUGGAGAGUGGAAAGGGGGGUUCGGUCUCUGACCAAGUCGUGGUCAACCAGCAGGCACUUCCCAACAUUGCCAAAAUCCUGAUGCGUUACCAGGCGGUGAAAAAGGCAGGGCUUCUUCUGCCUGUGGAGUUCAGCACCUUGUCCGAGUACCUGCACCUCCUCAAAGCAGCAGCACAGGCACUCAGCCCCAUAGGGUCCAACGCCAUGUUUUAUUUGGCUGCAGCGGUGUCGGAUUUCUACAUCCCAGCGUCUGACAUGCCAGAGCACAAGAUCCAGUCUUCCAAUGGACCACUUCAGAUCAGUAUGAAGAUGGUCCCCAAGAUGUUGUCGCCGCUGGUGAAGGACUGGGCCCCUCAAGCAUUUGUGAUUUCCUUCAAGCUGGAAACAGACCCAUCCAUCCUGCUGGACAGAGCUCGGCGGGCUCUGGCCACCUAUCGGCACCAGGCUGUGGUAGCCAAUGUACUGGACACCAGACGAGGUUAUGUAGUGGUGGUGACCCCUGACACUCAGGCCGAGCUGGUACUCACAGAUGAGGAAGCAAGCAGAGAUGUAGAGAUUGAGGACAGGAUUGUCAGUAAUCUGACUGCAGCUCACAGUCAAUUCAUAACCCAACAAGGCUGAGACCCCAGUUAACCAUGCUAGGGCUUUCCCCAACUAAAUAAACAUUUUGUUGACCGAAA